AUGGUAGCUUCGUCCAUAGCACCAAACUCCAGUAUGAAGUGUGCUACAUAUUUAAAAGUUCCACAGCCACAAACACCACUUCACUGGAAUCCGUUACAAAGAGCCGCAGCAAUGGUCAUAGACACGGUGGAAAGCGCAUUGAUCUCCCGCGAGUUCCAACACCCACUCCCCAAAAGCGCCGACCCACUUGUCCAACUCGCCGGAAACUUCGCUCCGGUGCCGGAACAACCUGUCCUCCACUCACUCCCUAUCACCGGAACCAUCCCCCAUUGCAUUAACGGCGUCUACCUACGAAACGGCCCCAACCCAUUUUUCAAACCCAUCGCCGGGCACCACUUCUUCGACGGAGACGGCAUGGUUCACGCCGUGACCAUAAAAAACGGCGCCGCCAGCUACGCUUGCCGAUUCACCGAAACUGAAAGACUAGUCCAAGAACGCAAACUUGGCCGUCCGGUGUUUCCCAAAACCAUCGGCGAGGUCCACGGCCACGCCGGAAUCAUUCGUCUCGUCGUCUUCUUCCUCCGGCGACUCUUCAGCCUCAUUGAUCACCGGCGAGGAACGGGAACCGCCAACACCGGCUUAACCUUCUUCAACGGUAAGCUCCUCGCGAUGUCGGAAGAGGACCUCCCUUACGAGCUCCAUAUUACUCCCUCCGGCGACCUCAGAACCGUUGGCCGGUACACCUUCGACGACCAGCUCAAAUCCUCCAUGAUCGCUCACCCGAAAAUUGAUCCAGAAUCCGGCGAGCUCUUUGCUCUUUCCUGCACCGUUCCGACACCAAACCUCACGUACUUCCGGUUCUCGCCGGAGGGGAAGAAGUCACCGGAAAUCGACAUCUCAUUGACGGCUCCGACGAUGGUGCAUGACUUCGCGAUAACUCAGAACUUCGUGGUAGUUCCCGACCAUCAGGUCGUGUUCAAGUUGCAAGAAAUGAUCAAAGAUGGGUCGCCGGUGAUCUUCGACGAAACGAAGAAAUCAAGGUUCGGUGUUCUUCCAAAGUAUGCUAAAGAAGCUUCGGAUAUGAUGUGGAUUGAAUCGCCUGACACUUUCUGCUUCCACCUUUGGAAUGCUUGGGAAGAAUCAGAAACCAAUGAGGUGGUAGUUAUAGGGUCGUGCAUGAACUCACUUGGUUCCAUCUUCAAUGAGAGUGAGAGCUUCAAGAGUGUGCUAUCGGAGAUAAGGCUAAACUUGAAGACACGUGAGUCCACGCGCCGUCCUAUAGUGUGGGAAGAGGAUGUGAACUUGGAAACGGGGAUGGUGAACCAGAACCUGCUCGGGAGGAAAACACGGUACGCUUAUCUUGCCACUGUUGAACCGUGGCCAAAGGCUUCGGGUUUGGCGAAAGUGGAUUUGGUAACGGGUGAGGUGAAGAGGCAUAACUAUGGAGAGAGAAGGUUUGGUGGUGAACCUUAUUUCUUGGUAAGAGGGAAUGAGGAUGAAGAUGAUGGGUACGUUGUGGUGUUGGUGCAUGACGAGGGUACGUGUGAGUCUGAGAUGCAGAUUUUGAAUGCAAUGGAUUUGGAGGUGGAAGCAACAGUGAAGUUGCCAUCAAGGGUGCCGUACGGUCUUCAUGGUACAUUUGUGAAUGCUAAGGAUUUGCCUAAAUAG